CGCCUUCUGCAGCUCCGAAUCAUCUACUCCCGCGAUGUCGUCGCAAGCGGACUACAAGGACCGGCAAUUCCUGGCCGUGAUAGGAGACGAGGAUUCCGUCACGGGGUUGCUCCUCGCAGGCAUCGGCCAUGUCACACCGCCGCCAGACAACCAGAAGAACUUUCUAGUAGUAGACUCGAAGACGGACAACGCUGCCAUUGAGGCGGCUUUUGAGAGGUUCACUACGGAGAGGAAGGACAUUGGGAUAGUCCUGAUCAAUCAACAUAUUGCCGACCGGAUACGAUAUCGAAUUGAUACUUACACGCAAGCAUUCCCAACCGUCCUCGAGAUCCCGAGCAAAGAUCAUCCCUAUGACCCAGAGAAAGACAGCGUUUUGCGGAGGGUCCGCCGGUUGUUUGGCGAGUAAGAAGGAUAUGCACGGGUUAUAUUGCAGUCUUCAUCCCACGUAGCCAGCCAGAUAUGGGCAGUCGUUGAAACUCAACGUCGUUUAUUCCAUUAGAACAAGCCCAAUGACCCCUUGUGCGGUCAAUAUGCUAUACCCAAGGACGAUUGUAGCACAGAAUAAAGCAGCAGAACUCCUCUCUCACCCAUGGCGCGAUCCCCGGUCCUCAGAAUGCCCUCGUGAUGCGGAUUAGGUACUAUCUUAACAUCGUUUCCCCU